UUUGGUUGUGCCACAUGAGAGAUGAUUAUACAUUUACAUGUUCACAAAUAUAGAACAUAGAGUGAUUAUAAGACAUAGAUUGAUUAACAUAUAUGUUAAUAACCCUCUAACUAGCAUGCCAUCUAUUUUGAAAUUCAUAGAUGGCCUCAAGGCAGCAUUUCUAAUGGUGUUGGUUCAACUUGCUUAUGCUGUGGUUGGCAUAUUGUACAAAUUGGUAGCAAAUGAUGGAAUGAGUUUGUGUGUACUUGUGGCUUAUCGCUACCUCUUUGCAUCCAUUUUCAUGGUUCCUCUUGCUUACUUUGUCGAGAGGAAGAGCAACCCAAAGAUCACAGCUGAAGUUCUUUUUCAAGCAUUUCUUUGUGGAUUAUUUGGGGCAACCUUACAACAAAAUUUAUACGUUGAAGUAGUGGUUUUGGCAGGUGUAACAUAUGCUACAGUCAUGUACAAUUUCAUUCCUGCUGCAACCUUUAUCUUAGCCGUUUGUUUUGGAUUGGAAAGAUUGAACAUUGGAACAUUAACAGGGAAGGCCAAGAUAGUUGGAACAUUAUUGGGAAUUAGUGGAGCAAUGAUUCUCACAUUCUAUAAAAGUAUUGAGAUUCACCUAUGGUCUACUCAUAUUAACUUGUUGAAACAUCAACAACCAAAAAAUGUGUCUGCUGAUAAUAUUUUGGGGUCUUCUCUUGCAUUAGGCACAUGUAUAUCAUAUUCAAUAUGGUUGAUAAUUCAGGCUAGAAUGAGUGAGAAGUUUCCUUGGCAUUAUACAAGUGCAGCUUUGAUGUCCGUGAUGGCCUCCAUUCAAUCAAUUAUAUUUGCUUUAUUUAAAGAAAGAGAUGAUUGGAAUCAGUGGAAGCUUGGCUGGGAUAUCAAACUUUUCACUGCACUUUUUUCGGGUAUUGUGGCCUCAGGAAUAGUUUGGGUUCUCAUUGCAUGGUGUGUAUGCAUAAAAGGCCCACUUUAUGCUUCUGUUUUCAACCCCCUCUUCCUUAUUCUAGUGGCUAUUGGAGGGUCUCUCCUACUAGAUGAAAGGCUACAUUUGGGAAGUGUAAUAGGAUCAUUAUUGAUUGUGAUUGGUUUAUACAUUGUCUUGUGGGGUAAAGGUAGAGAAUUGAAGCAAAUUAUAGAGCACACAAGAGGCUCAGUCCAGGUUCAACCAUUGGAGAUAAUUACCACAAAGCUUGUAGAUGCUAAAAGUCUUGAUAUUGAUAACAACAAUGACAUCAAGUCUAGUCACUAGUGUUAAAUUAUAAACAAUCAUCACAUGGGAAGGCAUAUUCAACUACAUUAAAGUGAUCAAAUCACUCAUCCAAUUAUAUUUCAUUGUUAACCAGUAAAGUGUUAAAUUAUUGCCUUCAAGGUAACUUUAUGUAGAGUGUGUUGUCCAAAGUUUAUCCUAAUGUCACAUGUUGUACAUAUACAUCUAAAAAUAAUGUUAAUAUUAGUCCAAGUGGAUUGCUUGAGGGGGGCAAGUGACAGUAGAUUGAAUCUGGGGUAUAAUUAACUGAAAAUUAUGUAAUGGAACAGUUUUGUCCCCACUUAAAACAAUAGAGUACUAUAUCCGAUUUGACUAAAACUAAGUCUAUGAUAAACAAAUUAAAUUAAAUGUCCAAAUAUAUGAAUGAUUAAUUCUUAUCUUGUUUUUUUGUUA